CCAAGAGACGGAGAACCGGCGGUUUCCGGACCGUUCGUGGACCGUUAGGCGCCCUCUCUCCUCCUCCCCAUCUCUCUCUCCGACGAGACACCGCCUCCACCUCGCAUCGAAUCAUCAAGACUCGAUGCAGGAUCAGGCCCAUUUCCACUGGCCGAGGGAUAUUUAGGAUUCUGUUGGAGUUUCGCUCCCUUGUUUUUGGAUCCGUUGUCUCGUUGUUUCUUUCCCAAAGGCGUCAGCUUCCCUGCAACUCCCCUUCGUUCGUGUUCCUCGUCCUUUGUUUGCAUCGUGUAAAAAUCGAAUUUUGCAUGUGUAUUUGUGCGCACGAUCCGAUUUUUAUGUGUGUUUCCGUCGGAGUUGCAGCUCUAGAUGGAGAUUUCGAUUGGCGCAGCAUUUGGAAUUUAGACGUGUGAAUACACGUCCGGGAGAUGUUCGAGCCAAUGUCGAAGAGGGAUCCACGGGAGAUUUGAUUGUGGAAUCGGAUGGGGAAUAUAUGCGUUGGGCCGAGGCUCUCGAAGAAUGGCUUCUUUCAAUCAGUAUCGGCUACUCUCUGGCGUAACCGAACGAACAAGGAUCCUCUUCCAGCUGAGCAUGGCAAGGCCACUGGCGAGGGAACCUCAGCCAUGCUAGCAGCUACACCAUCUAAACCGGUUACCGAUGCUCCCCAACCGGUUUUGAUUGAAGAGACAAAGCCGUCCAAAGUCCCUGAAGCAGAUGCCAACCCGGCACCUCAUGGAAAUCCUACGGACCAACCCAAGAAGCCCACCCAUAUCAGGAGAGCCUCUAGCGCUGCUGGACUUCAGGCAGACUUUGUAUUGAAGAGCAAAACUGAGAAUUUGAAGGAGAUUUACAGCUUAGGACGCAAGCUUGGGCAGGGGCAGUUCGGGACAACGUAUCUCUGUGUCGAGAAGGCAACCGGAAAGGAAUAUGCUUGCAAAUCCAUCUUGAAGUGGAAGUUGACGACAGAGGAGGAUGUGGAGGAUGUUAGGAGGGAGAUCCAGAUAAUGCAUCAUCUGUCUGGUCACCCGAAUGUUAUUUCCAUCAAAGAGGCCUACGAAGAUGCCGUGGCUGUUCAUGUAGUUAUGGAGUUGUGUGCUGGGGGUGAGUUAUUUGAUAGGAUAAUCCAGAAGGGGCAUUACACAGAAAGAAAGGCUGCAGAGCUUGCAAGGGUGAUUGUGGGAGUCGUGGAAGCUUGUCAUUCGAUGGGAGUCAUGCAUCGUGAUCUCAAGCCUGAAAAUUUUCUUUUUGUCAACCAAAUGGAGGAUGCACCUCUUAAGACUAUUGAUUUUGGAUUGUCAAUUUUCUUCAAACCAGGAGAAAUAUUCACUGAUGUGGUUGGUAGCCCUUACUAUGUUGCACCAGAAGUCCUGAAGAAAAUGUAUGGUCCAGCUGCUGAUGUCUGGAGUGCCGGGGUGAUCAUUUAUAUUCUUCUUAGUGGCGUCCCUCCAUUUUGGGCUGAGACUGAGCAAGGCAUAUUUGAGGAGGUUUUACAUGGCUCACUCGACUUUCAGUCAGAUCCAUGGCCUAGCAUCUCAGAAAGUGCCAAAGAACUGGUAAGAAAAAUGCUUUUUAGGGACCCCAGGAGGCGGUUGACUGCCCAUCAAGUUCUAUGUCAUCCCUGGGUUCAGAUUGAUGGAGUGGCUCCUGAUAAGCCUCUGGAUUCUGCAGUUCUCUCUCGCUUGAAACAAUUCUCUGCAAUGAACAAACUCAAAAAGAUGGCUAUCAGAGUUAUUGCUGAACAUCUUUCUGAGGAUGAAAUUGCUGGCCUUAAAGAGAUGUUUAAGAUGAUAGAUACAGACAAUAGUGGACAUAUUACCUUUGAAGAACUCAAGGCUGGAUUUGAAAGGGUUGGUGCUUGUCUCAAGGAGUCAGAAGUUUAUGCUCUUAUGCAGGCGGCAGAUGUUGAUAACAGCGGGACAAUCGAUUAUGGUGAAUUUAUUGCUGCCACUUUACAUCUAAACAAGAUAGAGAGGGAGGAUCACUUGUUUGCUGCUUUCUCAUACUUCGACAAGGAUGGAAGUGGUUACAUAACUCAAGAUGAGCUGCAGCAGGCUUGUGAAGAGUUAGGUGUAGAAGCCGUGCACCUAGAUGACAUGAUCAAAGAAGUGGAUCAAAAUAAUGAUGGACGUGUAGAUUACAAUGAAUUUGUGGCCAUGAUGCAAAAUGGAAACGAUGGAUUUGGCAAGAAAGGGAUGCAGACUACCUUCAGUAUGGGUUUUAGGGAGGCUUUGAAGCUGGGUUGAUGAUUCUUGUUCUUUUUUUUUGUGUAAUUAACAUUCAUAGAAUUGUCAUAUAGAAUCUGAUAGCUUGUAACUGAGGCUCCAAGGUUGUUGUAUUCAUAAUAUUGCAGUUGUUUCAACUUUCAUACCAGUUAUACAGUGGUAUAGAAUUGUAAAAUAUGAACAAGUUCUCCUGAUGUAUUGAAUAUAAUCCAAUUGACAGUAA